AUGACGACUCGCCACCCGGAGUCCACUGAGGACUUCGAGUUCAUUCAGACACCGGAAGCUCCUGUGCAGACCAAGCCUGCCUUUGACUGCGGUGUUCCUACUACUCUGUACCCUGCUAUCAAGAAUGCUCCCGUCCCUGCUGAUUCGCCUGGCAGCGACAGCUUCUCCAAUGCCUUGAUGAUCUUUCUUGUCGUCGUGAUCCCUUGGUACCUUGCUCGCCAAGUUGGAGGUGGUUUCUACACCACCAUCUUCUUCGCUGUGUUCACCACUAUUCCCAUCCUUAUGGCCUUCUGGACUGUUGCUUCCUCAAUCUCCCCUCGCAAGACUGAGAAGGCCAAGUACUGUGGCCGUCCCGUCGAGUACUAUCUGAACUUCCACAGCGAGCAUGACCGUGCCACCUAUCAUGGCAAGAGCAAGAUCCCUAUGGAGACUUUCUACGAGAAGUACUUCAAUGGCGAAGUUGACUUCAAGAUGGAUGCCUUGGAGGCUCUGGAGUACCGUCAUGACUGGGCCAACUUCAAGUUCACCAUGGGUCUCUUCAAGCACUUCCUGUUCGGCUUCAUUCCUGAGAUGCUGAUGCACACUCGUUCCCAGGACGAGGAGCAGGUUCGUGACCACUACGAUCGCGGUGAUGACUUCUACGCCUGGUUCCUCGGCCCUCGCAUGAUCUACACCUCCGGUAUCAUCAGUGACAUCAACAAGGAGGAGUCUCUGGAAGAGCUCCAGGACAACAAGCUUGCUGUUGUUUGCGAGAAGAUCGGGAUCCAGCCCGGUGAUAAGAUGCUCGAUCUCGGCUGCGGCUGGGGUACUCUUGCAAAGUUUGCUUCUGUCCACUACGGUGCUCAUGUUACGGGUAUUACUCUCGGUCGUAACCAGACUGCCUGGGGUAACAAUGGUCUGCGGAAGGCUGGCAUUGAGGAGUCUCAAAGCCGAAUUGUCUGCUCCGACUACCGCGAUUCUCCCCGCGUUGAGGGAGGCUACCAGAAGAUUACCUGUCUUGAGAUGGCUGAGCACGUUGGUGUCCGUCACUUCGCUAGCUUCUUGUCCCAGGUCUAUGAGAUGCUCGAGGACGACGGUGUGUUCUUCCUGCAGAUCGCUGGUCUCCGCAAGUCCUGGCAGUACGAGGACCUCAUCUGGGGUCUCUUCAUGAAUAAGUACAUCUUCCCCGGUGCCGAUGCCUCCACUCCCCUUGGCUUCGUUGUUGAUCGUCUUGAGGGCGCUGGCUUCGAGAUCAAGGCUGUUGAUACCAUUGGUGUUCACUACUCUGCCACCCUGUGGCGCUGGUACAGAAACUGGAUGGGCAACAAGGGCAAGGUUGAGGCCAAGUAUGGCAAGAGAUGGUUCCGCAUCUGGGAGUACUUCCUUGCUUCCUCCACCAUCACCUCUCGCCAGGGCGGUGCCACUUGCUGGCAACUCACCCUUGUCAAGAACAUCAACUCUACUCACCGCAUUGACGGUAUCAAGACUCAGUUCGGUCUUACUGGUGCCCGUCAGGCCGCCAUCGAGCGUGCCAACGGUGUCCUGCCCAAGGCCCACGUUGUCAAGAAGGACCUGUAG